AUGGCUGGAUAUCCAGAUGGGAUGGAUGGAUUUGGUAUAAGAUCGACGCGACAAUUUAUCGCAGUCCACUCUGAGGUAGGAGAAUAUCUCAAAAAAUUAUGAAAAACUGAUAGUUUCUUCCAGAAAAAUCCUCCAAACCCCUCGAAAAAUUAUCGAAAAACACACAGAAACUUGUGUUCAUGUCAUGUCCAUUUGAAGUGUGUCUAAUUGAUAAGAGAGUAUUUGAAAUGAGGAGAGCUGGCGAGAGAAAAAUACAGUUUGCUCAAUUUUGGAAAGAUAAGAGAAGCACAACAAGUGCACCAAUUGUAUUAUUUUUUUUUUUUUUUGGAAAAAAUUAAUUUAUUUUAUGGAUGGCACAUUUUAUUUGAUCUACAUUUGCUGCAUUUUUUGCGCUUGUUUUGGGCGCGUUUUUGGUAGUGGAACGAAUUUCGAAUGUUUUGGCGGAAAUUUGGGAUGGUUGCUGGAUGAAGAGGAGGCGAGUUGUGUAUUUCCACUAACACAGUUUGAGAGGAAUUUUUCGGUGGCUGUGCAGAUUUGUGGAGCGUGAGUUUUUUUUUAUUUUUGAAAAACGUUUUUAAACCUUUUAAAAAAUGUUUGUUUUGUUUUGAGAGAACUAGUCGCUUUCAAAACAAAAAAUGAAAAAAAAUAAAAAUAAAAAUAAAACAACGACACUACGCUUGCCCGUUGUUUAAUUUUCACCGAUUGUUUGAGCGGAGUGUCGUAUAAUAUUUUAUUUUUACAAUAUUGCGCGUAGAAUCAGGCUUCUUCUUAAACCUCAAAAAUCUUCUCCUUUUUCCAGCAUCAACCAUUCAACCGCAUAUCGUGUCACCAAUUGGCUAACGGCCAAAAAAUUGCUCACAAAAAUCGACCGCAAAACUCAAGGCAAAAUCUUUUGGACCGGGUUGAAAGUUGUGGAUUUGGAAGUGCUUGGCGUGGAAUCCGAAGAUGCUGGACAAAAUGAAAAUGAAGAGGAUGGGAACGCGGGGAUUUCGAAUUUCACAUCGAUCUACAAUCCGCUGUGGGCGAAGGGAGAACCGAAAAAAGUGGGUGAUUUGGGGGGAGGGGGAGGGAAUCAACAACAAAAAAUCACUGUUUCAAAAAUAGUCGAAAAAAAUUGCGAGUGUAAGCCGGAAUCUCGUGCGAAGCUCCGCAAGCUUCUGCGAACGCGACAAUUUUUGAUAGCUCCGGAAUAA